AUGUUCAAAACCUUUUCCUUUUCCCAGUGACAAGAUAUCAUGUAUGCCGCUAGUUCCAGGGGACACUCCCCUGCUUUCCUGCCACCUCAGAACGGUAACGGCCAUCGCUCACCUGGUUAUGUUCCUGGGAAGGUAGUCCCCUUACGUCCCGCUCCUCCUCCAAAGAAUCACACUUCAGCCAAACUGACCUCCAGGAACCAAGAAGCCCCAGCAGCAACCUUCGCCUUCUCCCCGGAGGAGCAGCGGCCGCCGCCCAGGGAGAGCCGAAAACAGAAGAGACACAAGAACACCUUCAUCUGUUUUGCCAUCACCAGCUUCUCCUUUUUCGUGGCGCUUGCAGUCAUUUUGGGAAUCUCCUCAAAAUAUGCUCCAGAUGAGAAUUGUCCAGAUCAAAACCCUCGUCUCAGGAACUGGGAUCCAGGACAAGAUUCUGCGAAGCAUGUUGUUAUCAAGGAGGGGGAUAUGUUCCGCCUGACCUCAGAUGCUACAGUGAAUUCUAUAGUCAUUCAGGAUGGAGGACUGCUUGUGUUUGGGGAUGAUAAGGAUGGAUCCAGAAAUAUAACCUUGAGGACUCGAUACAUCCUGAUCCAGGAUGGUGGGGCGCUUCAUAUUGGAGCAGAAAAAUGCCGCUAUAGAUCCAAAGCGACGAUUACCUUGUAUGGCAAGUCAGACGAAGGUGAAAGUAUGCCAAUAUUUGGCAAAAAGUUUAUUGGUGUAAAGGCUGGCGGGACACUGGAGUUACAUGGGGCACAGAGGACAUCGUGGACGAUGCUGGCGAGGACUCUGCAUUCCUCAGGCCUGCCCUUUGGCUCCUAUACCUUUGAAAAAGACUUUUCCCGAGGCCUUAAUGUGAGAGUCAUUGACCAAGACACAGCCAGAGUUUUGGAAUAUGAGAAGUUUGACACCCACGAAUACCACAACGAGAGCAGGAGGCUUCAGGACUUUUUGAGAGCGCAGGAUCCCGGCCGGAUUGUUGCUAUUGCUGUUGGCGAUUCAGCAGUCAAGAGCCUAUUGCAGACAACCAUCCAGACGAUCCAGGAGCGCCUGGGAAGUAAGCUGAUCCAUGGGCUGGGCUACAGGCAAGCCUGGGCUUUAGUUGGUGUCAUUGAUGGUGGGAGUUCUUCCUGCAACGAAUCUGUGAGAAACUAUGAAAACCAUAGCACUGGAGGGAAGGCCCUGGCUCAAGGAGAAUUUUAUACCUUGGAUGGUCAGAAGUUCUCUGUGACAGCCUAUAGUGAAUGGAUUGAAGGAAUUUCCUUUUCAGGUUUCCGGGUAGAGACUGCGGAUGGUGUGAAGCUUCACCUGUUGGAUGACGUCAGCAGCUGGGAAGCCGGAGACCAGAUUGUGGUUGCAAGCACGGACUAUUCCAUGUACCAGGCAGAGGAGUUUACCCUUCUCCCCUGCCCCGAGUGCAGCCGUUUUCAGGUCAAAGUUAAAGAGACCCCCCAGUACCUGCAUGUCGGGGAGAUCAUAGAUGGCAUAGACAUGAGAGCUGAGGUCGGAGUUCUCACACGGAACGUCGUGAUCCAGGGAGAAAUGGAGGACUCCUGCUACGCCGAGAAUCAGUGCCAGUUCUUCGAUUAUGACACCUUUGGGGGACAUGUCAUGAUAGAGAAGAAUUUUACUUCCGUCCAUCUUUCUUACGUGGAAUUGAAGGGCAUGGGCCAGCAGCAGCUGGGCCGCUAUCCCGUGCACUUCCACCUGUGUGGAGAUGUGGAUUCUAAAGGAGGGUACAUCCAGCCAGCAUCCGUGGAUGGCCUGUCUGUUCAUCACAGCUUCUCAAGGUGCAUCACGGUGCAUGGGACCAACGGCUUGCUAAUCAAAGACACCAUUGGAUUCGACACACUAGGCCAUUGUUUCUUCUUGGAAGACGGUAUUGAACAGAGAAAUGUUUUGUUCCAUAACCUGGGGCUUCUUACCAAGCCGGGCACUCUCCUCCCCACGGACAGGAACAGCUCUGUGUGCACCAUCAUGCGUGAUGGAGUGUAUGGAAAUUACAUCCCUGUGCCUACCACAGACUGCAUGGCCGUUUCUACUUUCUGGAUUGCCCACCCCAACAACCAUCUGAUCAACAAUGCAGCUGCUGGCUCACAGGACGCUGGAAUAUGGUAUUUAUUCCACAAGGAACCAACUGGGGAAUCCAGUGGACUGCAGCUCCUGGAGAAACCAGAACUCACUCCACUGGGAAUAUUUUAUAACAACAGAGUUCAUUCAAAUUUUAAGGCUGGCUUAUUUGUUGACAAAGGUGUCAAAACAACCAACUCGAGUGCCUCCGACCCAAGGGAAUACCUCUGCUUGGAUAACAGUGCAAGGUUUCGGCCUCACCAGGACGCAGACCCGGAAAAGCCUCGUGUUGCUGCUGUCAUUGAUAGGCUCAUUGCUUUUAAAAACAAUGACAACGGUGCCUGGGUCAGAGGAGGAGACAUCAUCGUUCAGAAUUCAGCAUUUGCAGAUAAUGGGAAGGGACUGACUUUUGCCAGUGAUGGGAGCUUCCCAAGUGAUGAAGGUUCGAGCCAGGAGGUGUCAGAGUCCCUCUUUGUUGGGGAAAGUAGGAAUUACGGCUUUCAGGGUGGCCAAAACAAGUACAUGGGAACCGGGGGGAUAGACCAGAAGCCUCGGACACUCCCCAGGAACAGGACAUUCCCAAUUCGAGGCUUUCAGAUUUAUGAUGGGCCUAUUCAUCUCACAAAGAGCACUUUCAAAAAGUAUGUGCCAACUCCAGACAGGUACAGCAGUGCAAUUGGCUUCCUCAUGAAGAAUUCCUGGCAGACAACACCCAGGAAUAACGUUUCCCUUGUGAAGUUUGGUCCACAGGUCUCUCUGAACGUCUUCUUUGGAAAGCCCGGCCCCUGGUUUGAGGAUUGUGAGCUGGAUGGUGACAAGAACUCCAUUUUCCAUGACAUUGAUGGCUCUGUGACAGGGUACAAGGAUGCCUAUGUGGGAAGGAUGGACAACUACCUGAUCCGCCAUCCAAACUGCGUCAAUGUCACUAAGUGGAAUGCAGUGGUCUGCAGCGGGACCUAUGCCCAGGUGUAUGUUCAGACGUGGAACACUCCGAAUCUUAGCAUGAUCAUCACACGAGAUGAAUACCCAUCCCACCCCAUGGUGCUUCGUGGUAUCAACCAGAGGGCCAUCUCCCCACAGUACCAGCCUGUCGUCAUGCUGGAGAAGGGCUACACCAUCCACUGGAAUGGGCCGGCGCCACGUACCACUUUCUUGUACCUCGUGAACUUCAACAAGGAUGACUGGAUCCGCGUUGGCCUCUGUUACCCAUCCAACACAAGCUUUCAGGUUACCUUUGGCUUUCUGCAACGACAGAAUGGCUCGUUAUCCAGGAAUGAAGAGUAUGAGCCUGCACAGUCGAUGGCGGAGCUACAGAAGAAGCCCUCAGAGAGAAAAUUCUAUUUUGACGCUGCCACAGGGUUAUUAUUCCUUUAUCUCAGAGCCCAUAGCCACAGAGAUGGCCACAAUUACUGUUCAUCUCAGGGAUGUGAAAGAGUCAAGAUUCAGGCAGCAACAGAUUCCAAAGACAUCAGUAACUGCAUGGCCAAAGCCUACCCACAGUAUUACAAGAAGCCCUCAGCAAUCAAGCGCAUGCCAGCCAUGCUCACAGGGCGCUGCCAAGAGUGUGGCACCCACCAGAUGGUGUUCAGCAGUGACCCUCACAAGAGCUACCUCCCUGUACGAUUCCAGUCACCCGGUAAAGCAGAAACUCAGCGUGGAGAGCCAUCUGUCAUUUCCGUCAAUGGUACUGACUUCACCUUUCGGAGUGCAGGGGCCCUCCUCCUCGUUGUGGAUGCCUGCAGUGUUCCCUUCCGGUUGACGGACAAACAGACUUUCCUUUCUGCAGAUGUCAGUCACAUGGAAGAGUAUUUAAAAGCUAGCAUCCCUCCAAGGUCAAUUGUUCUGUUGAGCACAAGAGGAGAAAUGAAGCAGAUGAACAUCUCUGACUCAUUAGCACUUCUGGGAUUGGCCAAACCAGCACAUCUUUAUAGCAAAGGAAAUAUUGUAUUUUUGGGAUUCAGCGGAAACUUUAAGCCAUCAUGGACUAAGCUGUUCACCAGUUCUCCUGAGCAGGGCCUCGGGGUGCUCGAGCAGUACCUCCCUUUGCAGAUGGAGGACUAUGGAUGCUCCAGGGCCAGCAGUGCCCACAGAAGAGACCUGGAACUGUUACAGCAGGCUUUGAAAGUGCAGUAGAGACGUGACUGUAAUUUAAGUGCUGGGAAGAAAAAAAAAAUGUGAACUAACUUAUUUUAAUUUAUGGCAUUUUAAGGCGACACUGUUAACCCAAUGGAACCAUUUUCCUGUUUGAUAGAAAAGGGAGAGAGAGAAAGAACUCAUAAAGCAGUGGCUUGAGUGCCAGCUUGUGCACCUUGGCAUUGCACAGAUGGUGAAGAACACUUUGUCUUCAUGAGGCUGUUCAGUUUCCAGAGCGGUACUCUUGCUCCUUGCAUUGAUAAGCCCAUCAGUGGUGCUUUGCUUUUUGUAUAGUGGGGUGCAGGGAGGCCUUCAAAAGCUCCUUGAGCUCCCUAGAGGCCUGGCUGCUGUAGCGUUUUAGAUAUUUGAAGUCAAAUGCCCAGUCGUGUAACCAGCUCCAGUGGCUGACCUGUUCAGUGAUGCCUGGGCCUCAUGUCUAGAUAGCCUGGGAAGGUUUUUAUGUGAUGCUGGAUACUGUUUUACAUGGCAACUCAGGCCCAACACGUGCCCUUCUUGCCUGGACAUGUGCUCUUUUUGUUUACUUGUUAUAUUGAUUACUUUUGAGGGUUCACCUUUUAAAGAGGGAACCAUAUUGGGACAAAAGGGCUUUUGAAAUCUUUUUUGAUCUGUGACCAUUGAGCAAAACAAAACAAAGCAAAAACUGUUACUUGCACCCAGGUCUAAAGUUGGUGGGACCUUUUCACAGCUUUAAUCUUUAACCUGUCGUGACUGUAUAUUUGUAUUUAAAAUGCAGAGCUGGAAUGAAUUACUUUUCUUUAAAAGAAGCAAGCCACUUUCCAAAGUAAACUCAUGUCAUUUUAACUUGCAAAGGCAGGUGUGGUGGUGGCGUUACGCCUUUAACCCCAGCAUAUCAGAAGCAGGUGGAUCUCUGGGAGUUCGAGGCCAGCCUGGUCUAUGUAGUGAGUUUUAGGCCAGCCAUACCUAUGUAGAGAAACCCUGUCUUAAACAAAACAA